UAAAAAUGUGUGAGGCCUUUUGUCCCUCCGGACCCAGGAGAACUCGUCUCGGCUCAGUUGGGAAAACUCGAGGAGCAGAUGCACUUCAGAGCGAGUGCAGCAGGUAGACUCUGAGGAUGGAGGACAUCAGUCAGAUGACCAGCCAGCAGGCUCUGUGUGACCCCACCAAGCAGAGGACCAGAAAGCGUCCCGGCCUCUCCACUCUCAAACUGUUUAUAGUAGCACUUUCCUUCGCCUACUUCUCCAAGGCCCUGACAGGCACCUACAUGAAGAGCUCCAUCACUCAGAUUGAGAGGCGCUUCGACCUCUCCAGCACGCACGUCAGCCUCAUCGACGGCAGCUUCGAGAUGGGUAACUUGUUGUUUCUGGCGCUGGUCAGCCAUUUUGGGGCUCGGCUCCAUCGACCUAGACUCAUAGCAGCUGGAUGUUUGCUCAUGGCCGCCGGGGCUCUUCUCAUAGGCUCCGCCCACUUUUUUAUGGGACGAUAUAAAUACGACACCAUUAUUCAGAACAACAGCACGAAUAUUUCUGCGUGUGUGGACCCUCUGAAAACAGCUGAAGGUGUUCAGAUAGAGGAGUCUGUGAUGAACAGUGAAGCAGCCUGUGCGAGGGAGUCCGGCUCCAACAUGUGGGUCUACAUUUUUCUGGCGAACGCUCUGCGAGGAAUCGGAGAAACUCCGGUCACACCUCUGGGCAUCUCGUACAUCGAUGACUUCGCUAGAGCUGAAAACUCUCCGAUCUACAUCGCUUGUCUCCAGACCGUCAUGCUCCUGGGCCCCAUGUUCGGGUUCCUCCUGGGCUCUUAUUGUGCCAAACUUUACGUCGACAUUGGAUAUGUUGAUAUGGACGGCGUGACCAUCACUCCGAGAGACGCCCGCUGGGUGGGCGCCUGGUGGCUGGGGUUCCUGGUGUCCUCCUCCCUCCUGCUCGUCUCCAGCAUUCCCUUCUGGUUCCUGCCACGCUCGCUGCCCAAACAGGAGGGUGAGGAGGACAAGUCGGCUCCUCGCCACGUGAGCCCGGAUGGGACGGAGGAAACGCUCAGCAGCAGCCACAACCUCAAGCUGACUGAAAUUGCUAAAGGGUUUCUUCCAUCGUUGAAGCGCCUGUUGGGAACCCCCGUUUACUUCCUGUUUCUCUGUGGGGCCAUCCUGGAGUCUAGCUCCAUGAUCGGCUUCUUCACCUUCAAAGCCAAAUACAUGGAGCAGCAGUUUGGACAGUCGGCAUCUAGGGCCAACUUCCUCCUGGGUGUGCUGAACUUGCCAGCAGCAGCCAUGGGGAUCUUCCUGGGGGGGCUUAUAAUGAGGAGGUACAAGCUGAGUGUGGUCUCUGGAGCCCAGCUGUGUUUAACCACUACCUUCAUGGGCUACCUGCUCUUACUGCUGCUGUUUGGCACAAAGUGUGAUAACCUACCUGUGGCCGGCCUCACCGUGUCGUACAACGGGUUGAAGAACGUGUCGUACGACACAGACGCGCUCUUCUCUGGAUGUAACGCAGACUGCUCAUGCUCGGCUGAGGAGUGGGACCCCGUUUGUUCAGCCAGCGGCGUCACCUACGUCUCCCCGUGUCUGGCUGGCUGCCUCACGUCCAGCGGCCACGGCAAGAACACAGUCUUUCACAACUGCAGCUGCGUGUCCGAGUCUUUCCCAGUGGGCAGCACCACGUCGGUGAGGCUGGGUCAGUGUCCCCACGCCAAAGACUGCAGCAGCAGUUUCACCUCCUACAUGGCCAUUUCUGUCCUCAGCUUCUUCAUCAUUGCUUUGGGAGUCACGCCCAGCUACAUGGUCAUCAUACGAUGCAUUUCACCAGACUUGAAGUCUCUGGCUCUGGGGAUCCAGGCUUUAGGAACCAGGACUCUCGGUGGAAUUCCCGCCCCGAUGUAUUUCGGAGCUCUGAUCGACUCGACUUGCCUGAAAUGGUCGAUGAAGAAGUGUGGCGGGAGGGGGGCGUGUCGUAUUUACGACUCAGACAUGUACAGAGUCGUUUUCCUGGGUCUGAUCACCUGUCUCAGUGGUUCCUCUUUUUUCUUCCUCAUCGCUGUCAUAGUCCUCCUCAGGCGACAGUUCAGGAGAACAGAGCUGGAGGCGGAGCUGCAGAGAACUAAAGCCUCACAAGGAAUUGAACUCAAGGCCUCAUCGAACGCUGUAGUAGAAGAGAGGGGUGCUGGUUCUAGUAACUCAAGUUGGUUUUAAGUAUGGCAAGCCAUUUUAUUAUAGAAUCAAAUUGCACAAUAAAUGGCAGGCCAUUUAAAGAAAUUAAUUAAAUCGCACCGGGGAUGGCAUUUUAUUUGAAUAUAUAAGUAAACUGCACAGGGUAUGGCAAGCCAUUUUAUUAGAUAAUCAAAUCAGACAGGCCAUUUGAUUAUAAAAACAUGUAUGUUCAAAUUACACAUGUAAGGCAGGUCAUUUUAACAUACAAUCAAAUCAUCCAAUGGUUUAUAUAUGAUAAAUCUUAAAUUUUCUUAGUUACUAGACAUGUUUCGACGUAUGCUUCCAUCUUCAUCAGAGGUGUCACAGCUGAUGUUGUUUGGAGAGAUAAAAAAUGUAAUGUUUUAUAUGAAAUAUCAUGCCAUACUUGUGAAAAAACAUACAUGGGGAGACGGGAAGGAGGAAGGAACAUGAAAAAGGAUGUGAGAAAGAAACAGAAGAAAGACUACGAACCAUAAAAGAACAAGCUUUGCAAGGAAAUUAUAAAUCAGCCAACACGGACCACUGCAAACGGGAAAAUCGUAUUAUGAACUGGGAARGAGCCAGAAUCAUCCRCAGAGAGGACAACAAACACCAGCGUUGGAGACGGAGGCAUACAUCGAAACAUGUCAGGUAUGUCUAAAGAGAUAUAAAAUAACAAAGUCUCUAGUAACUAAGAAAUUUAAGAUUUACAAUCAAAUCAUUUUUAGCACAUCAUCAUACUGAGCAAAGURUGGCAGGCCAUUUUAAUAUAUAAUCACAUUGCACAAUAAAUGGCAGGCCAUUUAAAAAUAUAAUU